GAACGAUUAACCUCCAUUCCAACCAUUGGCGCAAGUGAAGAUGCAUUGAUCAAAACUUGCUUUUUUUACUAUUGUACCAUUGCCUCUAAUGGCAUCGUUACUUGUUGAAAGAAGAGAAUUUGACAUUUUUCUCAGAUUAUCUGAGCCUUGCGCUCAGCUUUUAAAUAGCAGCAGAAUGGCAGCUCUAGCCUCUUUUACCCGCAAUAAUCGCAAUUACGGUCAGCAACCGAUCGAUAGCGUGGUUAACCCUCAAAGGGAACGUAAUGCUAUGGAUGCCAAAACUAGCCAUGACUCGCCAGCGGCUCCAGGACUUGUACGUCAACUAGGUCUGAGCAGUGUCGCAAACGGUACCAAUACCAAUACCUUUUCCUCAAACACAUCUAUCCCCGGAGGGAACGGUCCUGGCUUGUCUGUCGUUCUUCCACCAUCAUCUCGCUUCUCGACCUCAUCCUUACUACAUUCGCUACAAAGUCCGGCAACUUCUACAUUUGCUUCAUCAGGUCAACGACAAGCUGCUGCAAAUCGAUACGCUACCUCGUCCCAUCUACCGCAUUUCGAUCGUCCCAAUUACUCCUACGCUCCUCCACACGGCUCAAUUCUUCGCUCAUCUAAAACGAUGAUCGACGUACUGGCUCCCAUAAGGCCGAACGCCGCCGAUGGUACAGCCGCAAAUCUACCCUCCACAGCCAGCAGUAGUGCAAUUGGAUCAUCAGUGUCGACGUCGUCGGGAGGAGCGGCGUCCAUAGGCGCGAAGCACUUGUCCGCUAGCGUCUCCGCUCUGAGUACGUUACCCGAUCAACGACAUAAGAUGACCAAAAGCCCCAGUGAUGAAUCACUACGAUCACAUACAUCUUCAUCAGGUGGUAGCAAUGGUGGUCAUAACUCCAAUAGUACUGGAAAUAACUCGUCCGGAGGCGGAAACAAGGGCUUCCGACCGGAAGACGCCAUCCAAACAUUUGGAGCCAAGUUAUUACCGUAUGAACAAAGCGAAAUUUUUAACUACGUCCGCGUUUUCUUCGUUGGUUCACAAGCGAAAAAACGUGGUGGCGUUAUUGGAGGACCCAAUAACUGCGGGUACGAUGAUGAAAAUGGCAGUUAUCAAUUGGUAGCUCACGAUCAUAUAGCAUAUCGAUAUGAAAUCCUCAAAGUCAUUGGGAAGGGCUCAUUUGGCCAGGUCAUAAAAGCGUACGAUCACAAAUACCAACAAUAUGUGGCGUUGAAACUGGUACGCAAUGAGAAACGUUUUCAUCGACAAGCCGAUGAAGAGAUUAGGAUUUUGGAUCAUUUGCGUCGCCAGGAUACAGAUGGAUCGCAUAACAUCAUACAUAUGUUAGAUUACUUCAAUUUCCGAAACCACAAAUGCAUCACUUUUGAGCUGCUUAACAUCAACUUGUACGAGCUUAUCAAAAAGAACAAAUUCCAAGGAUUUAGCCUCAUGUUGGUACGUAAAUUUGCGUACUCUAUGCUCCUGUGUCUGGAUUUGUUGCAAAGGAAUCGAUUAAUCCAUUGUGACUUAAAACCGGAAAAUGUUCUUUUGAAACAACAAGGACGAAGUGGUAUCAAAGUCAUCGAUUUUGGAUCAUCGUGUUUUGACGAUCAGCGCAUCUAUACCUAUAUCCAAUCACGGUUUUAUAGAGCACCGGAAGUGAUUCUUGGUUCCAAGUAUGGAAUGCCGAUCGAUAUGUGGUCUCUCGGUUGUAUUCUAGCCGAGCUCCUAACUGGAUAUCCGCUCCUCCCUGGUGAGGACGAAAAUGAUCAGCUUGCCCUAAUUAUCGAAUUGCUAGGAAUGCCACCAAACAAAGUUUUGGAAAAUGCCAAACGGGCACGCACAUUCAUAUCAUCCAAGGGAUAUCCUCGUUACUGCACCGCAUCUGUUAUGCCAGAUGGCUCCGUUGUAUUAAGUGGAGCACGAAGCAAACGAGGGAAGAUGCGCGGUCCACCAGGCAGUCGAAGUUGGAAUACUGCUCUCAAAAAUAUGGGCGACGAGCUCUUCAUCGAUUUCAUGAAGCGAUGUCUUGACUGGGAUCCGGAGACACGAAUGACGCCGGCACAGGCGCUGAAGCACCAGUGGCUGCGCCGCCGGCUGCCGUGCCCACCUCGUCGCGACGAUGGCGCCGCCGACGCAGAAGGCAUAACCACAUCCUUGAUGACGGGUUCAACUAGUGCUCUUCGCGCUGUUAGUUCUACCAAUACUUCAUCAUUUACACCUCAAAAGUUGGCGCAUAUUCUGGCAUGAGCCACGUCUCAUUCGUUUUGGGUCUCUCUCAACCACCAAAGAUACUAUCGCCCCUCGCGAAGGGUGUUAUAUGCAAAUCAGGUUGUCGACUUGUACCCCUUCCCAGCACCGGCAACGGUGUGCUAUCAUAAGUGCGCGUUUUUGCGUCGCCGCUUUCUAAGGACAGGUCAGUAUGCUUUUUAUGCUUGCAAUCGAAGCAUAAUGUCGCGUCCCCUUGCUUUCGGGGCCUCCUAUUUAUUGCACCCCACACUCUGAUUCUCGACGAUCGUGCUUUCUUCCCUUUAGUCCCUAAUUUCCAAUGAGGGUCUACUACAACGGCUCGCGUGUAAAUAGUAAUACUUAUUCUUGUUCUCUGGUCCCUAUCUCAGACAUGGGUCGAGCAUGCAUGGGACCAGCGGAGUUGCCCUCGCCCCGGGGUUCGGCUAACACUCCCCCGUCUGCUCUCUGCCCAUAGUUCCAAACAUUCAUAUUCUUGUGAUUAUCGAUGCUGUACCCCAAUCGCUGGCGAGAAGCUGAUCGCCGCUAAUGCGAGUUGCAAUAACAGUGACGAUCCUCCGUUCUUCUUCUUCUUCAUUUCGUAGGUCAUGUUUUUUCUGAUUGAGCACAUCAGUUCUUAUCUCGAAAUAACACUGCGCAAGUUUUUCUAUUGUGAUUUUCUGUGUGUGCUGCACCGUAGCUUAGUGCCCCCAUAGGUAGGCUAGGCACCAUUUCUGUCAGGUAGGAGGGUAUUGAGACAAAUGUGCUCUAUAAAAUUUUUCUCUCCAAUUUUUUGGAUGCAAGGAACUCUCAGUGUGUCUAGUUCCGCAUUCUUUUGUGUGUUUUGUUGUAGAGGUCACCCCCUAAUACCUUUCAUGACACUCGUUAUGUAUAAAGAAAGUUGUUUCUGAACAUUCUCAUUAUGUCUUUACUUUUCUUUGCACCCGACUUCACUACAGUACGGUAAUUAUUUUGUUUAUUUUUUAUUGUGAUUUUGUAUCAAUUUGAGGUGACGCUCUCAGAUGUGUGAACAUAUGUGAAUUAAAUCUUCAAACUCAG